GUCGGAGACAAGAUUGUCUAUUGUUGUAGCACUAGCCUCAUCUCACACGGCCUUCUCCAGCCAACUCCUCUCCGGCAAACCCCUCUCUGGCGAACCCCUCUCCGCGAACCACUCCUCCAAACUCCUCUCCGUCAAGACGGCGGGAUUAAUCUCUUCGCCUCCGUCGCCUCAUUCACGCUUCAUUCACACUGCCUAAUCUCUUUGAUUCGUGGGAUUAAUCUCUUACCCAUCCGAUAUCGAGCAGUUCUUCCUUUUGCUUCAACGGGCGAAGGCGAAAAGGUUUCCUUUUGAACUCUCCGGCGGAACGCGAGCAUCCCGCGAGAACGUUGCUUCGAUUCGUGGGUAUCCAGUCCGAUCUCCAGCUUCCGGCCUUCGUUCACGCAAGAAUUUAGAUCUCGCUUCUGGAUCCCUUCUGAACCUGUUCGGAUCGAUCCUUUUCUGGAGAUUUGCCUUCCGUUCUGCUUUUGGCUCCGGUUACAACCAUAGUGGCGUUUACGUUUGCCCGUUGGAGUUGGGUUUGAUGUGGUGAUUUUUCUUUCCGCCAUUGGUGGACUAGCCCGCGCAUCUCUACAAUCCUUACUCUGCGUCGAUGGCGAUCCAGCAACAGGAGGUUAAGCUCUUUAAUCGCUGGUCGUUCGACGAUGUCGAGGUCAGUGACAUGUCUCUUGCUGAUUACAUCGCUGUGACUCCUCCAAAACAUGCUACAUACCUUCCUCAUACUGCUGGAAGAUAUUCUGCUAAGAGGUUCCGCAAGGCUCAGUGCCCAAUUAUUGAAAGACUUACCAAUUCUUUGAUGAUGCAUGGCCGGAACAAUGGAAAGAAGCUUAUGGCUGUCUGCAUAAUUAAACAUGCUAUGGAAAUUAUUCAUUUGCUUACUGAUGCAAAUCCAAUCCAAAUUGUGGUUGAUGCGAUCAUUAACAGAGGGAGCACGCCGCGCUCAUGCAAGCCCAGAGGAAGUUUCAGAUCGCCCACUACGGGAGGACUCCGGCCAAGAUCGAGGAGUUGGCGGGUUCUAUUGAGUGUCCCGGCAUUGCCAUGAGCGCCUCCCAAGAAGAGAAGAAGUGCAGCUUCAUAACACUGAGUUCAGAUCCUGUGUAUGUUGCUUAUCAUGAUGAGGAAUGGGGAGUUCCAGUUCAUGAUGACAGGGUGUUGUUUGAGUUGCUUGUUCUAACAGGAGCUCAAGUGGGGAUGGACUGGACUACUAUACUGAAGAAGAGGAAUGAAUUCAUGUUAGAACUAAUGCUAGAAACAGUUUUUAUUCAGAGGAAAGUACUUGUUUCGAACAAUUUAGAAUCUUGAAAGAAAUGUUGUGUGGCAGGGUGGCAUUUGCUGAAUUUGAUGCAGAGUAUGUCUCCAAGUUCACAGAGAAGCAGAUGGUUUCCAUCAGUGUGGAACUGAAGCUGGAUUUAGGAAGAGUUAGAGGAAUAUCACUAUCUACUUUGAAACAGAAUUAGUGUUAAUUUUGAUAUUUACUAGCUUCUUAUGUAAUUAAAUACUAAUAUUACUUCAAUAUCAGAAUUCUAUUAUUUUGGUA